GGGCGGCGUUUGCUCGCAGGGAGACUAACACGGGGAGGCUCCCGGGGGCGUCUGGGUGGGUGGAGGGGCGCGCUUUCCCUUAGGAGGAGGCGCUUCCUUGGAAGGAGCUUCGGCCUCCGGGCAGGCAGGGACUGAAGAACCGCAUGGGGAACCCUUGCAGGGAAAGCCCCCGCGGGAAGCCCUUUGCAGCGGCUGUUCCAUCAUACCGGGCGCCGUUUUAAGAACCGGGUCCCGCCGGGAAGCUGCCCUGGUGGUGGUGGGGGAUCCCUUGGGGUUAAGCCUGAGCGGGGCUCCUGCAGGCUCUCAGCGGGGCAGUGAGGGGGGGGGGUCCUAGAAGGACCUGUAGGAAACUUUCAGGCAUGGCCACCCGGCGUUUAACAGACGCGUACUUGUUGUUGCGGAACAACGCCAUCCAAAGCCGGCAGCUGCUGGCCGAGCAAGUGAGUAGUUACAGCUCCUCCAGUCCUCUGACUUCACGUAGCAUGGCUGCUGCGGAGCUGGAUGAGCUUGCAGAUGAUCGCAUGGCACUGGUAUCGGGUAUCAGUUUAGAUCCUGAAGCAGCUAUCUGUGUAUCUAAGAGGUUGUCUCCCAAGUGGAUUGAUGGUAUAGAAGAACUAAUGCUAGCAACUUGA